GCAAGCUGACAGCCUGGGAGGGAGGCUGCAGACUUAGAUCUCCAAGCAAACUCAGCUGAGCUCAGUUCAGCUGCUGGGGCUCCCUGUGGCUGGGCCAGGACUAAAGCCAGGGAGCCCGGCAGCAUCGGGACAGACAGCUCCUCAAAGCAGGAUGAACCUCCUAGGGCUGGCUGCCCAGUGGCUGCUGGGAAGUCUGCUGGUCACCCUGGGAGCUGGCAAGAGCAGCAUGCCCCGCUUACAGCUUUCCUACAGAGACCUCCUGGCUACUAACCGCUCUACCCUUUUCCUGGGUCCUCGGGGUAAACUGGAUCUAAGGGCGCUAUACCUGGAUGAGUACCGGGACCGGCUCUUUCUGGGUGGACGGAACGCCCUCUACUCCCUGAGAUUGGACCAGGCUGGGCCUGACCCCAAGGAGAUCUUGUGGCCUCCUCAACCUGGCCAGAAGGAGGAAUGUAUCCUGAAGGGCAGGGAUCCCUUGACUGAGUGUGCCAACUAUGUUCGAGUGCUGCAGCCCUACAACAGAACCCAUCUGCUGGCCUGUGGCACAGGAGCCUUCCAGCCCAUGUGUGCCCUCAUCACUGUGGGCCAUCGGGGGGAGCACGUGUUCAGCCUGGACCAGGCCAGUGUGGAAGGGGGGCGGGGACGCUGCCCACACGAGCCUGACAGCCCCUUUUCCAGCACCUUUGUUGGUGGAGAUCUGUACACCGGCCUCACUGCUGACUUCCUAGGCCGAGAAGCUGUCCUCUUCCGCAGUGGGGGUGCCCGGCCUGCCCUCCGCUCUGACACUGACCAGAGCCUCCUACACGAGCCCAGGUUUGUGGGUGCCGCCCUCAUCCCCGACAAUGCUGAUCGUGACAAUGACAAAGUCUACUUUUUCUUCUCGGAGGCAGCUGCCCUUCCGGAUGGGGCUUCUGGCCAGGCUAUCGUCAGCCGUGUGGGCCGUAUCUGUGUGAAUGAUGCUGGGGGCCAGCGGGUGCUGGUGAACAAGUGGAGUACAUUUCUGAAGGCCAGGCUCAUCUGUUCUGUGCCUACUCCUGGUGGCGCUGACACCUACUUUGACCAACUGGAGGAUGUGUUCCUGCUGUGGCCCAAGGAUGGGAAAAGUCCCGAGGUCUAUGCGCUGUUUAGCACACUCAGCACUGUAUUCCAGGGCUUUGCGGUCUGUGUGUACCGCAUGGCUGACAUCUGGGAGGUUUUCAAUGGACCCUUUGCUCACAGGGAGGGUCCCCAGCACCAGUGGGGACCCUACGGGGGCAAGGUGCCCUUCCCUCGGCCAGGGGUGUGUCCCAGUAAGACCACGACCCAGCCUGGCCGGCCCUUUGGCAGCACCAAGGACUACCCAGAUGAUGUGCUGCAGUUCACUCGGGCCCACCCACUCAUGUUCCAUUCUGUGCUGCCCCAGCAUGGCCGUCCCAUCCUUGUCAAGACUCACCUGCCCUAUCGACUUCUCCAGAUUGUGGUAGACCGAGUAGAGGCUGAAGAUGGGGCCUAUGAUGUCAUCUUCCUGGGCACAGAUGCAGGCUCCGUACUCAAGGUCAUAGCUUUCCAGACUGGAAAAUCUGUGGAGCCUGAGGAGGCAAUCCUGGAAGAGCUGCAGGUGUUUAAGGUACCUACACCCAUCAUCGAGAUGGAGAUCUCUGUCAAACGGCAAAUGCUGUACGUGGGUUCUCCGUUGGGUGUGGCUCAGCUUCGGCUGCAUCACUGUGAGACAUACGGUAGUGCUUGUGCUGAAUGCUGCCUGGCCCGCGAUCCCUACUGUGCUUGGGACGGUAAUACUUGCACUCGAUACCAGCCAAGUUCUAGCAAACGCCGAUUCAGACGGCAAGACAUCCGACAUGGCAACCCAGCAUUGCAGUGCCUGGGCCAGAGCCACAGUGGAGAUGUGAUGGGGAGCAUGGAGACCACUGUGGUAUAUGGCACGGAACAUAACAGCACCUUUUUGGAAUGCCGGCCCAAGUCACCUCAGGCCACUGUGCACUGGUUUGUGCAGAGACCCAAGGAUGAACAGCCAGACCAGGUGAAGACCGAUGAACGGAUCUUACAGACAGAGCACGGGCUGCUAUUCCGGAGGCUUAAUCGCCUUGACGUGGGCACUUACUCGUGUAAGACCCUGGAACAUGGCUUUGCCCAGACAGUGGCCAAAUUGGCACUAGAGGUGAUAGGGGCUGAACAGCUGGAGGGCCUGUUCCCCCGGGAGCAUGGGGAAGAGGAGUCUAUCUCUAGGAAUUCGGCUUCCGUCCCAUCCCGAGCUUGGUACAAAGACAUCCUCCAGCUCAUUGGCUAUGCCAAUCUGCCCCGGGUAGAGGAGUAUUGUGAGCGUGUAUGGUGCAGCGACCGUUACCGACGCAAGGGGAAGCACAGCAAGGGCAAGAGCUGGCUGGGCACCGAGCUGGGAAAGAAGGCAAAGAGCCGAGCACAGGGGGAGCGCAAUCGGACCCCCCGGGAAGUGGAGGCUACCUAGAAGAGGAGGUCGCUGGGAUGGGGAACAGCAUUGCCCAGCUCUCCCAGAAGAAAACCUCCCUGGCUGCCCUGCUUUCUGUUUCCCCCACACAUAUAGUGGGGGCAGCGGCGUCCAGAGCACAGACCGACCAUCUUGUGUAACACCCUGUCUUUUGCAGGGAAUUAAAUCUCUGGCCCUCCCACCCAUGCCCGAUAGGCAGGAAUCCAGGGGUUGGAUUCUGGCCUGGAGAUCCCAAGGCUUCUGAUGACUGGGAGGCCCCUUUCCUUAACCCUCUGUGCCACAGCCCGCACCCCUUCCUGCCAGUGUAUCACCAGGGACUGCCUAAGCCCCAAGAGGCCUGCUCCUAUUCCACUGCUCUUUGUUCUCCUUGGGAGGUGGGGUCUGGUUUUCCAAACACAUUUCCAGCUGUGCCCAAAGAUGAGGGCGGUUUUGUUUUUCUUUCUCAGCCUGUGAAACAAUAGCUAUUCUGAGUAACUGUUAGGGUACCUGGGCCAGAGAAACCUGUCCCAUGUUGAGGUGGUGGCAGGUGGGACAAGAGACACUGACAUUGUCCCAGGGCUCAAUGUAUGGGGGAAGAGGACAGAUGAAAGAGAGCAAUGAGGGCCAAGGCCAAAUGUUUCCAUUCUUGUUUAAUACAGGAAAACUCAUAGCAGAGUCUGCUAAAUGAGCCAAAUCUUCCUCAUGGUGGUUGAUGAGACAGUAGAGACAAGCCUAUGAGAUGGGGAUGGUUUGGGGUGGGGCGGUGCGAGGAGAGAAAUUUAUUUUGACUCAAUACCAGACACAUCAUACAUAGAUUUAGAGCUGAAAGGGACCUUAAACAUCAUCUAGCCCGAUCUUUCAUUUUAUAUAUGAGGAAACUGAGGCCCAGGGAGAUUAAGUGAAUUACUCAAAAUUAUAAAGGUAGCAAGUCAGGGUUUGAACCAAGGUCCUUUGAAUUCAGAGCCAGUAACCUUUGCUACCGCACCAUACUGUUCCAUACCUUUGCUUCUCCUUUCACUGGCCUUUUUAUCCAUCUUCCUCCAUGGCUGAGGCUUGUGGAAGCGAUGGGACAACACCCUUCAGUCCUAGCACUCUAGGCUUCAAAGCUGAGAGUCCAGGGGCCCCAUGCUGCUUUCCAUAUCCCCCCUCCUUUGCCUCCUGGGGAGUCCCAUUAGAAUGAAGCAACUGGUUUAUCUGAGGCACUUCGUCCUAUUUCCCUCUAAUCAUUGGACCCCAAGUGGCUGCCAACAAGAGACAAAUUUCAGGCAACAGAAGAAAGACUCAGUUCUGUUCUCACAGCUCAAUAUGAGUCAUCACUAUUACCAAAAAAAAAAAAAAAAAAGCUAAUACAAUAUGAGGUUGCAUUAAUAGAAUCCAAGUGUCCAGAAGAAAGGAGAUCAAAGAAUACACUAUGCUGUUGCCCUUUGCUCUGGUUAGUCAGACUCUGGAAUACUGUUCUCUGUUCUGGGUGGCAUAUUUUAGAGAGGACAUGGAUGAAGCGGAGUACAUCCAGAGGAAGAAUCUUGUUGCAUGAAGAACAGCCAAAGGAACUAGAGAUGUUCAACCUGGAGACUUGGGGGCAAGGAUUGGGGACAAGGGAGAGAAGCAUGGUUAUUGUCUUUAAAUAUGUGGGGAAAGGAUUAGACUUAUCCUGUGCAGCUCCAGAGAGUGGAGCUAGGCUGGAUGGGUAGAAGUGCCAGGGAGAUGGAUUUCCGUUUUAACUUGAUAAUGAAUAGACUGGCCCAACAAGAGAGUUGGUUGCCUUGUGAAAGCAGCUUUCUUGGAGAUAUGCAAGCACACUAUGUUGAAAUCAUUGUCUGCAGGGUAAGGACAAUGGACUGAAAAAUCUUGUUGCCCAGGGGUACCUCAUCCUCCUAUUGGAAUUUGCUGGUUUUCUGACAGCAGAUCCCUGCUCCCUCCUUCAGUCCCCCCCUCCCACCCCAACAACGAUUCCACUAGGCUCUAGAAUUUUUCUGUAAUAAUGGCUAGUGUGAACUCAGAAAAUUCAGGUUCUCCAUUGCCUACCCCACAUAGAGAGGGUCAGGAAUUCUUGGCAGAAAGAUCCGAAGGUGUGGGAAUAGGGAUAGAGUAGAGGGGUUUGGUUUUCCAUCUCCUUUCUGGAAAAAUGAGAGAAAUGUCAUAAAGUGUAGUAGAGGAAGGGGUGGCUGAGAACAAGUGGGAGUCAAUUCUUGACCUGGCACCUGAGUAUGUAACCUGGGGCUCAAGUCUAGACAUUUACAUGGAACUAGGGUGGAGUGGAGAGAGGAUCAGCUUCUGAUUUGCAUGUGACCUCUCUCCCAGAGCCAGGGGAUGGGUCACUCAUCCUGCGUCUCCAUCUGUCAAGGCAAAGGUUCAAAUUCAGUCUUACAGACUUCACAGUCUGAACUGGUAGGCAGAGAGCCAGAGGAAUAGAGAGGCCCCAGGAUCUCAGGGGAAAAGAGAUCCAUAGUGCAGUUAUGAUAGAGAAAGAAGCCCUCUCCAAGAAUGAGAGAUGGAAUCAACUAACUAACUAGUCCCAAGGGUGUUCUCAGGAGCUUUGGGAGAAGCUAGGCAGCUGUCAUUCCUGGGUUCUGGAGAUGAUACUGGGGGUGAGAGCCGGCUUAAAUAGGUUUUUUUUUUUCCCUAAAAGAUGCAAAUUUAGAGAAAAAAGUUAGGAACUCUAAAUCCUGGAACAAGAUGUCUAUGUCUGGGACAAAUGCUACAUCCAGGGAGUCAUUUAGCCCUAGGGUUGGGGAGUAGGGGAGGAUUAAAUCGAAAAGACUGCUCCUAUUCUGAGGAUGAACAAAUUAGGCAGUGAUGCAAAAAAAGGUCAAAGGGGAGGGGGGGAGCCAUGCAUCUGACAUUUCCUCCUCUUUGGGAAAAAAGGGGGUAGUAGGGUAGGGGGAGGUUUGCUGCUUUCUCUGAAACCUAUUUACAAGCUGCAUCUGUGCCUUCUGUCUCCCAUUGGUUUUCAAAGUGAACCAACAUGAAGGGGAUGAGAUGAAAGCAGAUACUUCUCCCCUUUCUAGGGCUGCUGACUGUUGUGAAUGUGAGAGACAGAGAAGGAAAAAAGAGAAAGUGCAAGGGAGAAAAUGGUAUUACCCCAAGAAGGGGCAAGAAUGAGAGUAGGGGGGCAGUUAGGUGGUGCAGUGGAUAAAGCACUGGCCUUAGAUUCAGGGGGCCCCGAGUUCAAAUCCGGCUUCGGACACUUGACACUUACUAGCUGUGUGACCCUGGGCAAGUCACUUAACCUUCACUGCCCUGCCAAAAACAAACCCAAACAUUCAUUUAAAAGAAUGGGAGUAGGGCUACAGCUACAGCCAUUUCAACUGCCAAUGACUGUAGAAGUGAAAACAAUUCCUGGUAUGAGUAGGGCCCCAGCCUUUCACAAAGUCCAUGGCCAUCUCAUCCUUUAGAGAGGUGGGCCAAGCCAAGAAGCAUUUAUUAAGUGCCUACUCUAGGAGGGUAGCAUAUAUAGCAGACGGAAUUUGGACUCUGAACACUUAAUUCUUAGAUAAGUGAUAAAAUGUCAGUCUUUUCUAUCAAGUCUUGGUUUGGAAGUCCGUUUCUUUAUAUAUACCAUAUUGUUUCACUUGUAAGUCCUGUGGAUAUACUAUAUGUUGGAGUUUUAUUUUUCUAUGUCAGGAUGUACCUUGCAUAUAGAAUAUGCUCUUUGCCAUGGGAGUGUUUCCUAUUUUUUUAUGAUAUAUCUGUUACUUAGUCUUCCAGAAGGAUACCGACAGAAGACUGUUGGGCUAAGCCUCUGGGGAUGGGGAGGUUAAUAGUAUUUAUGUUUUUGUUUCUGUGCAUAUACUGUUCUAUCAGAGAUUCUUAUUUCAGCAGCCUGUGGAUGGAGAGCUUUAUGCUCCAGCCCAGGCCAGGGGAAGCACUCCAAUGAAGGGUGUGGCUCCAGGUUUGAAAGGAGAAGGAAGCAGUGUAUCUUGUUUGUGGGAAACUAAAAUUGUUCAUUAAACUGGGAAAACCUACCCUGUGUAUCUGUGAGUCUGAUCUUGGAACCUUAGGA